ACUGCAGACGAGACAAGUCGCCACUUGGUUUGACAACUCCGGGGCGGAGCACGCGCAAAGGUCUUUCCACAUCCUCUUUCUGGGCUCAGCCCCCGACCUAGGUUUUGUCUUCUCGGGCAUUCCGUGAAGAUGCGGCAUACACGGAGGUUAAUAUCAGAAAGUUGGUGUACACGGUAAAACACAAUGUGGCAGCUGCGUGACUUCUCUUCAAGGUCAGUAUCUGAGCACAGCCGCCUCACGGACGAGUUUCUAGGGCAGUAGGAAGGAGAAAGGAGACGCUGAAGGGAUGCCGCUGUGCCUCGUUUACCCCCAGCUUCAACGAUGACAUCUUCCACCGAAGAAGACGUUGAUAGUCAGUGACAGAGAAACGCAAAAACUUGUGAAACACCGCUGCGAAGAGCAACUAAGGUUACCGGGCUGUUGUGAGGGGGAAAAAAGAGACUCUUUCAGCAUCUUGCCGUGUCCUGCUUUCUUUCCGCGACGGCCUGUGCUGGAAGCGAAUGUUUACCUGGCUACAACAACAGCGCAGACGUCUAGCUAGCUAACGUUAACUGACAGAAUGGGAGGUCUGGUUCGGUUUCAAUUUGACGAACCGGCUGUCAGAAUCUUCUUCGACUGAGGAGUUUUAACUAACACAACACUACGAAGUGGCAACUGGCUCAACUUCCUUGAACUUGCUUGGGUCUUUAAAACGUAAUUAUUUUCACAUCAGGUCUCUUGUUAUUUUUUUUGACAACAUGCCUUCCAGGACUGUGAUAUACGGCUCUUCGGGCCGGCUUCGGAGACUGAUCCUAGUGAUGGUUUUGUUGUUUCUGGAGGGCUCCGUGCUCACUCUCGGAGCUGCCAGCUCCAAUCAUUAUAGUCCCACCCCGGCACAUUCGGACAGCCACAACGCGCAGAACCAGAGCAGUCAGCACAGGGAAAAGGCUUUCCCAGUGCUCGACUUCAACUACAACGGUGUAAAGACGCCGUUUGAAAUCGCACUAUGGGUCCUCCUUGCCUCUUUGAUGAAAUUAGGAUUCCAUCUGAUUCCUCACCUGUCCAACAUUGUGCCAGAGAGCUGCCUGUUGAUUACGGUAGGCCUGCUGGUGGGGGGAAUUAUCAAAUUUGCUGGAGAAGAAGUCCCACCAGUGAUGGACUCUAGAUUGUUCUUCCUCUGCCUGCUGCCCCCCAUCAUCCUGGAUGCUGGCUACUUCCUGCCCAUCCGUCCCUUUAUGGAGAACCUGGGCACAAUCCUAAUAUUUGCUGUUGUGGGGACUCUUUGGAACGCCUUCUUUGUUGGGGGCUUGCUAUAUGCUGUGUGUCAGAUUCGUCCAGAAAACCCUUCAUUCCUUCACCAAAUAGGGCUCCUGCAGUGCCUGCUCUUCGGGUCCAUCAUAUCAGCUGUGGAUCCUGUUGCCGUGCUCGCUGUGUUUGAGGAGAUCCACAUCAAUGAGCUCUUGCACAUCCUGGUGUUUGGCGAGUCACUGCUCAAUGAUGCUGUGACUGUGGUAUUGUACCACCUUUUUGAGGAGUUUGCAGGCAUCGGCACGGUGACAUGGUUGAACGGCUUCCUGGGAGUCAUCUCCUUCUUAGUAGUUGCACUGGGUGGUGUUCUAAUAGGCGCCAUCUAUGGCAUCCUGGCUGCCUUCACCUCACGCUUCUCCUCCCACACGCGUGUCAUCGAGCCUCUUUUUGUCUUUGUGUACAGCUACAUGGCCUACCUGUCAGCCGAAAUGUUCCACCUGUCCGGCAUCAUGGCGUUAAUAGCAUGCGGUGCAGUGAUGAGGCCAUAUAUGGAGGCCAACAUAUCCCACAAAUCCCACACCACCAUCAAGUACUUCUUGAAAAUGUGGAGCAGCGUCAGUGAGACAUUAAUCUUCAUCUUUCUGGGCGUGGCCACGGUGGCUGGACCUCAUUCGUGGAACUGGACCUUUGUCACCGUCACUGUCAUUCUGUGUUUGCUUGCACGAGUUAUAGGUGUUGUUGGUCUGACUUAUAUAAUCAACAAGGUCCGCAUUGUCAAGCUGACCACCAAGGAUCAGUUCAUUAUAGCCUACGGUGGUCUGCGAGGUGCCAUUGCCUUCUCCCUUGGUUUCCUGCUGGACAAGAAACACUUUCCAGAGAGAGAGCUUUUCCUCACUGCCAUUAUCACUGUGAUUUUCUUCACUGUCUUUGUUCAGGGCAUGACCAUCAAACCCCUGGUGGAGCUGCUGGCAGUGAAGAAAAAACAAGAGGCCAAGCGCUCGAUUAAUGAAGAGAUCCACACCCAGUUCCUUGACCACUUACUGACAGGGAUUGAGGAUAUCUGUGGACACUACGGACAUCACCACUGGAAGGACAAACUAAAUCGUUUCAACAAGAAGUAUGUAAAGAAGUGGCUGAUUGCUGGUGAACGCUCCAAGGAGCCGCAGCUCAUUGCCUUCUACCACAAGAUGGAGAUGAAACAGGCCAUUCAGCUGGUUGAGAGUGGAGGGGGACUCAAGCUGCCUGCUACACCUUCCACUGUUUCCAUGCAGAACAUACAGCCCAGGAAGCCGGCUCCUGCCAAGCCUGCAGAGAGAGCUCUUCCACAGCUGCCUAAAAACAGAGAGGAGGAGAUCCGGAAAAUCCUCAGGACCAAUCUUCAGAGGACACGACAGAGGCUGCGCUCCUAUAACAGGCAUACUCUGGUGGUGGAUCCUUAUGAAGACGGGCUCAGUGAUUUAUUGAUAAAGAAGCAAAAGAUGUUGGAGAUAGAGAAGAAGAUUAAAGAGAUGAAUAAGUACCUGACGGUCCCCGCUCCUCCUCCAGACUCGCCCACCAUGUGUAGAGCCAGACUGGCAUCAGGCAAAGGUACUGAUAUCAGAGCUGGUCAGGAGCAAAAAGGAAACAAAAUGUGUUCAGACCCCCAAGCCUACAAUGUGAAGCCUGUGUCAGACAAGGUGCCCGUGAUCCAGGUAGACCUGGCCUCUCCUCAGUCUCCAGACUCUGUUAACCUGUUGGAUGAGUUUGGACAGGCUAACCAGCAGCAGCAGGAGGAGGAGCAGGGCCUGAUGAUGAAGCCCCCAUUGAGGCCAGGGGAACCUAACAAGCCGGGUGAGGCAGACGGAGCAAAAGAUCAGCAGAAACUAAUGAGGUGUCUGAGCGACCCUGGUCCCAGUGCGGACGAAGAUGAAGAUGAGGCCUUUCUCCCCUGAGAUAGCAGGCCAGUUAUGGAAGGGCCAUUAGUUUGUUCCUGCCAUUGCUCUUUUUUUUUUUUUUUUUAGGCUGCAGUGGUAGAGCAAAUUCUGGAGUUGGUACUUGAUAAUGGUGGAGGGUGUGGAUGAUGGUCUGAGAUGUUCAGGAAAGAACUAUGCAUUACCAAAGGUUUGGACUGUUCUAGUUUCAGACAAUGUUAUUUUUAGUGUCCGUUUUUCUGUCUUGGUGAUAGCAUAGUUGUUAGCUUUACGUUUGGUCAUGUUUUCUGUCUUCAAAACCACAUUCUCAGCUGCUGGGUAAGCCACAGAAAGCUACUUCAGCCUAGUUUUGACUUUUAUUGCACUUGAGUUUCUUGCUGUCAUUCUGUCACUUGAACUUGCUGGAUAUCCAAACAUUUAGAUUGUAGCUAUUUAGAAAUAUUUGGCCUUAUUUGAUGUCAAACAUUUUCACUUGGUGCAAUUUUUUAAUUUUAUCUGUCUUAUAACACAUUUUAAUGUCAGGGAUGCUGAUAUCUGUUUGUGAUCAGUUUGCUCUGGUACUUGUGGGAUAGUUCAAAUCUAGAUGUAUUUAAUUAAAAUACAAACUGCAGUUGUUCCCUGGCUGUGGAGGGACUUGUGGGGUCUCCAACACCUACAAACCUGAAGAGAUUUAGAUGCUUCUUAGGCCAUAAUGCAGUACAGAUGUUUUGGUCUAACAUUAUAUAUAUUUUAUUUUUCCAACCCAGUGUUUUAUGUUCAAUUUAUGACACCUUUUAAAAGUCACUCAAUCAUGGGUGGAGUUGUUCACACUCCUUUAGACUUCUACACAUUUAAGACCUUUAAUCUUUUUUUUUAACUUUUUGAGAAGCAUUAUUAUUCAGGAUAUUACAAGAGUCAAGAAGUGAUAGUUUGUACAGAAAUCAAUCCAUGCCUCCUAACUUUCUUUAAAAAUCUAAGACUGUAGGCAUGUCAUGGCAAAAAACUUUUACUCUAUGCAGGUCUGUGACAUAUUUAAAUUGAACAUAAUAUGCUUUUAUGAAUGAAUGCCAUUCAUAAAUCUGUCAUUGCUUAUACACAUCACUGCUACAGGCAAAGCUAAAAUCAAACCUGGGCAUUAAGACAGACCUAACAAACAGUUAACUCGACUUUUUGCACAUCUGAGCAAGACUGAAAAGUUACCUGCAGGCAUGAAAUCAGAAUCUAGUGUUUCUUUAUAAUUUUAUUCUAUAUAGUUGUACAGUGUGUUUGUAAAAUACAUCACACAUCUUUUAACAGAGCUACUAUAUGAUAACAUAAAUGAUUUAUGUUACUGAUGUGAUGAUUUGCUGAUUCGAGUUUGAAUAGCUUAAAUAAAUGGCCGUAUGUGGCCGAUGCCACAGAGCGAUAGGAUCUUAAACCCGCGGGUAUUCUUUCACCCAAAUCUAAUAUCACUUGACUUAGUUUUUCAAUAUAUGGCAUGCAGAGAUCUUUCUAUGGAGUGGUGACUCCAGCAUUGAAAACCGGUGAAUUAACUUCAGUAGUUUGAAUGAGCCUCUUUCAGUUUUCUGGUUAUUUUCUAGGUGUCACUGACAGCUGAACCCUCCUGGGUCUUUGUGCAUCCAGAAACUUCACAUUACAGCUGAGGAAGGAACAGAAGAACCUGACAGGCUCGUUAAUGCCCUUCACUCUUCUUCCAAUCAUCUAUUUUCUAGAUUUCUAGAUAUGGUUACAGUAGCAGGGGUUAUAGGAUCACAUGCGCUCAUGUGAAUGUGCACGAAAGGGUGAAAAAUCUGAGCAUAGCUGUGCUGUUGCAGUUGAGUUUGGUUCUCUAAAAGGAGUUACAGCUCACGAACAGGAGGGUCAGACCUUUAAACAUCUCAUUUCCCCGUUUCCUGACUAAACUGAAUUUACUUUUUCUCUGAAAUGUCAGCAUGCCGGUUAGACUGUCAGGAGAUAGGUGCUGAAAAUGUCAACAAAGAUGAGGUCAGAGGCCAAAGAGUUGUUUCAGAACUGAACUGAAGAGGCAAAGUUGCCUCAAGGACCGUAAUAUUCACACACAGCUUUGGAUUUUUGACCGUUUAAAUUGGUGUUUAACUGAAGUUGCUGAAAUCCUGAGAACUGUUUCCCUACAUCUCUUUAUCAUAGUCCCAAAUGCUCUUUGUUUUAGCCACUUAAAGGUACUUGGUUUUAACCCUUUACUGCUUGCAGGAACUGAUUAUUAGAUCAUUAUUAGGAAAGCUGCAGCAAGUAAUACAUUUGUAAAACUGCUCCUGCUGAGUAUGUUUAGCUGUUUAAAUGCAAAGCAGGUUGCAGUGUUGCAUUCAUUUAUUUACUUUCUGGUCUAAUUAAAACAUGCUAAUAAUAGCUGUGUAUGUGAACAGAUAGAGGGAAACCAAAGGACACACAUUUAGACUAAAACAGUUCCUACAACAAGGCGCCACAUCAUUAAUUAUUACAUCAUUAUUUUCUUCCAAAGACUUGUAUUUGUCAAAAAAAAAAAAGGAGAGAAAUCUUUAUUUUUCAUAUCAAAUGCAUAUUUUGGGUGAGUGUUUUCACACUCCUUGGAGGGUAAUGUUUGGAGCAGAAAACUUUAAUCUGAAGCCAUACAGCCUAUAGAAGAACCUAUUUUAUCGUACUCAUAUAUAAUACAAAAAGUCAUAUAGUGAUCACUCUUGCCUUUGUUUUGCUUGUUGCACAAAUCAAACAAAAGCCCUUUACAGUUUAAUUGUCCGUUUUCUUCACGUUUUUUUUUUUCAAAUGAGUGCUUUUUGUUCGCUGAAUGUUUUUCUACACUGGUAACUCGUUCCUUAGCGAAGCUAAAGCAGAGGUGGAUGUAUGUGAUUGGUGCCAUUUGAUUUUUGUCUGUUUAUCAACAAGUUUAUGCAGAAACUGUCAAGCAAAACUUCAUAACACUUGGUGCAGAGGUGGAGUGUGUGCAAAAUACAAGAGUUUGGUGAGGAUCGGGACUGCUUUUGUUGCAUAAUCCAUCAUUGGCUUGGCAGAAGAUGUCCUCUGCGAGUGUCUAGAUUUAAGUUGUGACACGUCUUUAAAUGUGUUCUCAUGUUUACUUUUACUCUGGAAUACUUCAUGUGCUUUAUUUCUUCAGUCAUUUUGUUUUUCAUUAAAAAAAAAGGUGUUUUACCAGCUUUAUCUGUUGUGAGAGCUUUUAGUUUAAGUACUGUGUCUGCAUCAUUUUAUGGGCUUGUUUUUUUUUUUUUUUUUGCUGUGGGUUUUCGCCAUCUUAUGUUUAUGUUUAACAGCAGUUCAGAAGCAUUUGUCGCCCACACUUCUGAAAAGUGAAGUUCAAGCUUUGCAAAAUAGAAAUGGGCUGACUUUGUGCUAUAAAGCUUUUAAAGCUUUAUCUUCUAACUCAGUGCUCCCAACUCAGAUUUUUCCCGUGGACAACUACAGUUGACCCUUGAAAGAGACUCUACCAAAAGACUCUACUGCUGUAUUUAUUUAUAUAUUGCAUGCUUUAGACUUUUCCCCCCAAUAGUUUUCCCUGAUUUCCAGGCACCUAUUGGUUUCCAUUCAUUCCCUACAGUAUAACAAAUCUCUGUAAAGACUUGCUUCAGCUCAAUCACAUCAGGUCUGCAUUUGCAUCAGAAAUGGACGGAUAUUAACGAUCUCAAGAAGGGACGACACGUUUUCACAAUAACUGUGAGCACUGAUUUGGUUAUGAUAUGUAUUACAUGUGAAAACACUGCUGUGGUCUUCUAUGUACUCUUAGCAUUUCACCAGCUGGGCAGCCAUGAGGCUAACAAUUAUAAAAGGCAGUAAUCUGAGUGUGACACACAGAUGUACUUGUCAGUACUAUAAUGACCUGCAGUGCCAUAACAUCACCAUCCAAAGAUUGUUUUCCUCCUGUGUUUACUUUAUCUUUACCCAAUUUGCCUGAUCCUGUUACAUGUCACUAAUUUAUGCUGAGCUCUUUUAGUCAGGUGGUACCUUUACCUCCAAACACAGAUGUUACACAGAGCAAUAAUGAUUGUAAUGGAGUGUACACGUUGUGUACACGUUGUGCGUGGCUGUCAGCUGGAAUGUACUUUUUGAAGGGCCUUAUUAUUAGGGAUGGGUUUGAUAUUCUUAAUUGUAAAGCAGAGAAGCUGGAAACAGUGGAUUAUAUUUCCCUUUUAAUUCAUCUAUUUAAUUUAUGUCAGUCAUUUAUUUGUUUGCAAAUAGAAUUUUUUGCAUUGAUUGCAGGUUAUUUUUAAUUUUAUAUACACAUGAAUUAUAAUGUAGAAAAAGGUGCAGACUGUAAUCUUUCGCGCACUUUCUUGUUGGAUAAUCUUUCGUUUUCAGCAUUCCAUAGUAAUGACCUGUAAAACUAACAACUGGUAAUGAAACUACAUCUGAAACUAUAUACAUGAUUAAAGCUUUACUUUAUAACA